AUGCUUCUCCCUCGCUUCAUCCUGCCCUCGGCACUCCUCUCUCUGGCCUAUGCUACUCCAACACUCGUCGGGAACCAAGAUGCGUAUGGACACUACCAGGUUAUGGAGACAGUGGAGAUCCCAGACGGAUAUUCGUAUCAAGGGCCGGCCGAUCCAGACACGAUUCUCAACUUGCGUCUCAUUGUCAAGUCUGCAGGAGCAUCGCAGCUGUCCGAUAAGCUUGAUCAAAUCAGCAAUCCUACGCACGCAGAUUAUGGAAAGCAUCUGAGCCAAGAGCAGCUGGCUUCCAUCACCGAGCCUGAAGCUGGCACUGUUGAUCUGCUCACUUCGUGGCUCGCUGCUUUCUCUGGCGUCUCAGGAGUUAGCCACGCUCGCCAUGCUAGUGCAAUAUCGUUCAAGUCGACCGUUGCAGCGGCAAAUUUGAUGUUGGCUGCCAAUUUUGGCAUCUUCCAGGUCACCAACGGCGAUGACAGUAUCGUCCGCUCUCUGCAUUACUCUCUUCCCGAGUACCUAACCCAGCACGUCGGGUUGAUCCACCCCAUCACCUUCUUUCCCAAGCCCAGUGCCAUCAACGCCAGCCCAACUGCAAAGCGAGCCCCCGAGCUCGUCAACUCCUACCACGUCUCCCGUCGUGACGCAGACCCUGAGCUCUUGGCCGCAUGUACAUCCAUUUAUCCUAGUUGCAUAGCCAAAUUGUACAACAUCGAUUACACGCCUCCAGUAGACGAAAGACUUAGUGGUUCCAGUCUCGGCGUCGUAGGUUUCCUCGAGCAGACCAUUUUGCAAUCCGAUGUCACCGAUUUCGUCAGGAAAUACGGAAUUGCGGCCUCAACUCGUGCCAACCCGGGGAAUUUUACAGUGGAGCUGGUCAACGGCGGCACCAACAUUGCAGAGUUUCCUGGGGCCGAAGCAACACUGGAUAUGCAAUAUAGCAUGUCUUUCACCGGCAACCUUCCCGUAGUGUUCUACUCAGUUGGCGGCCGCGCCCCAACUCUCGAUGCCAACGGCGAUCUUCGCCCAGCCGGCACGGGUGUCAACGAGCCCUACCUCGAAUGGCUCGAGUACAUGCUCGCUAAGCCCGACGGUUCCAUUCCGCAAGUCCUCACUAUCUCCUACACCGAUACCGAGCAGGGUGUUCCUCGCUCCUACGCUACUCACGUCUGCGAUCUCUUUGGCCGUCUUGCCGCACGAGGCGUCUCUAUCAUUGACGCCUCCGGAGACGGCGGUAUCGCCGGCCAAGAAGACUUCGACUGCGUAACCAAUGACGCAGAGAAGAAACCGACGUUCCUGCCCACCUUUCCAGCCUCAUGCCCGUAUGUCACCGCCGUCGGCGCAACGUCCGGCAUCCCGGCAUACGGGUCCGCUUUCUCCUCGGGCGGCUUCUCAAAUUACUUCGAGGUCCCCGCCUACCAAAAGAAUGCCACUGCCUCCUACAUCUCGUACCUCGACGGGCAGUACGACGGCCUGUACAACGCGUCCGGGCGCGGUAUCCCGGACGUCGCUAUCUCCGGCUCGCGCUACCAGACCGAGAACAACAACGUGUCAUCGGGAUUCCAUCCAGGCACGAGCGGUGGCACAGCGGUGUUCGGGAGCAUGAUUGCGCUGGUCAACGACGCGAGGCUCCGAGCUGGCAAGCCGGUCCUGGGCUGGCUGAACCCGACGCUGUAUGCGGCGCAGACGAGUUCUGUGUGGAACGAUAUCCAGACCGGGAACAGCUAUGGGUGUGGCCUGGUGUUCAACGCGACGGAGGGCUGGGAUACGAUUACCGGGCUGGGGACUCCGGAUUUUGCGCGCUUGAUGAAAGUUUUGGGUUGA